GAGCGAGAGGAUAAAUCCUUACUACAUAAUGAUUAGAGCUCACAAGCCCUUCCUGUGACAUGGAGUGUAGGAGUCAGGAUUACAGCCGGCCAGAGAAGCCAGAGUGAAAGCUCUGCUGAUGGGCGAAGGAGGGGCACAGGUAGGAACAGCCCAAAAAACAACAAGGCAUACAGGACAACAAGUGCAGCCAACUGAAGGCUAGAGCAAGCAAGGUGUGCUUGGAGAAAGGUCACGAGGAAGAUCCAAGAAUUUCCAAACUCCAGCAGUUUGCAUCUGCACCUCUGUUCCGGCCAUCUGUCGCCGGCCGCCGACGGCCUCGUCCCGGGCAGCUGGAUCAUUUCUCAGAGCCUUAUUUUGAUGGAGUGGCAGUAAAAGUACCGCUCGCACCAGAGGAGGACGAAGGAGGGAGUCUGGGAAAUGAAGAGAAGGGUCACCCUGCAGGACCUGCGAUAGAUGGGGACACACGAUGCGGACAGGUGUCAGAGACGGAGAAGAUCUGCGUCUUCACGAACCGGGCAGUGACGAUCAAGGACGCGGGUGACGAGCUGAAGGUUGAGGAUUUCUUUUGGCGCAAGUUUCUGGCAGCUUUGUUAGUUUUUUCUUUUUCCCAGAGACUCACUUUCCAGCCAAGAGAGGAAUUAUCUUUCCCCCAGAGGUGCGCGGCUGGUGAAGACUUUAAAAAGGCUACUGCUUCACACACUCGCGGGUUUCUCCUAAAUUCCUCCUCAGUUUCUCCUCCUGGGACACAUUACCUGAAAACAGUCUUCAGAGGUGUCCCUGUCAACAAGUUGGAAAACUAAACCAAAAGCGCAUCCGUGGACGGCUGAGAUUAUAUCAACUUGCUUUGCUUCUCCUUUUCCUCCUCUGGCACCUGUUCACCUUGAUCUCCCUCCGUCACUCCAUCUAUCCUCCUCCUGCUCCUCUUCUCCCCCCCCCCCUCCCUUUUACCAGCGAGUGAUAAUGUGACCUUCUGCCAAAGUGCUGGAAACCAUGCCACCGUCGCAGCGGGCUCCUCUGUUGCUGCUACUGAAAUAGACUCAAACAAGUGCAGGGAGAGGAAGAGCGAAAGGGGGAGGGAGAUACGAAGGAGGGAGGAGGAGGAGAAGACGAGGGCCAAAGGGGAGAGAAAGGAGAGGAGGAGAAGGAGGGGGAAAAAAGAAAACUGGGAACAGGACGGCUGAAGCUGCACACACGGCAUGAGUGGUGACGAGCCAGGGCUGGAUGUGGAUUGCCAACACAGGCAGUAGGUGACUGAGAUGGGCGUUCGUCUAGGCUGCUGGAGCGACUCCCCGUGGUGGCCGCCGCUGCUGCUGCUGCUAUUCUGCGCCAUCCCUGGCUGUUCCGGCCGGCCGUUUGGGAUCCCCACGCCCUCUGUGAAUGUGGCGGUGGUGUUCAGCGGCACGGCCUACCAGACGGAGAUUAAGGGGCGUUUGAGUCGGGAAAACUUCAUGGAUCUUCCCUUGGAGGUGAACCCUAUCACUGUGCUGGUCAACAACACUAACCCUCGGGCGCUGCUAACCCGCAUCUGCGACACUCUCUCCACCAACCGUGUCCAUGGCGUGGUGUUCGAGGACAACGUGGGCUCAGAGGCCGUGGCGCAGAUCUUGGACUUCAUUUCCACUCAGACGGCCGUGCCAAUCGUGGGCAUCAGUGGAGGCUCUGCUGUCGUCCUGCCACACAAGGGUGAGGGCUCCAACUUCCUCCAGCUGGGCUCCUCCAUCGAGCAGCAGAUCAACGGUAUGUUCAAGGUGAUGGAGGAAUACAACUGGGACAGCUUUGUGGUCAUAACCAGCCUCUACCCGGGUUACGAAGCCUACGUGGAUUACAUCAAGUCCUUUACUGACACCAGCUACUUCAUAUGGGAUCUGCAGGAUGUUCUGACCUUCGACAUGUCCACUGACAUCACGAACGACAUACGAGCGCGGAGGCUGCUGCAGCAGAUAGACGCCCAGGUGCUGCUGGUCUACUGCUCCCACGAAGAGGCCCAGUACCUGUUUGCCAUGGCAGGAGAGGUCGGAUUAGUGGGACCAGACUACAUCUGGAUUAUCCCGAGCCUGGCUGUGGGAAACCCAGACAUCCCUCCACCCGACAGCUUCCCGGUGGGGCUCAUCAGCAUCAUUACGGACCGGUGGAGGAUGAGCCUGAGGAAAAGGGUGCGCGACGGGGUGGCUAUCGUCGUGAAAGGUGUCCAGAGUUUUCGAAAACAAAGAGGCUUCGUUCCCGAGGGCCACAGCGACUGUCACAACCCUGUCAAGGCGUUAGCUACCAAUGACACCCUGUUCAGGCACAUGUUGAAUGUAACAUGGGAACACAAUGACUUCUCCUUCAACACUCAUGGUUACCUGGUGAAUCCAGCCAUGAUAAUCAUCACUCUGGACAGAGAGCGACAGUGGGACAAGGUGGGCACCUAUGAAAUGGGGAUCCUGCAGAUGAGAUACCCCGUCUGGCCGCGGUUUGGCAGCUACUUAGAGCCCGUGUCAGAUUACAGGCACCUCACAGUGGCCACGCUGGAGGAGCGGCCCUUUGUCAUUGUGGAGGCAGUGGACCCCGUGACUGGUACCUGUGUUAGCAACACCGUGCCCUGCCGACGACAGUCCAAUAAGACCGAGACUAUCGUAGGCCACACUGAGCCAUACACAAAGCUGUGCUGUAAAGGUUUCUGCAUAGACAUCCUGAAGAAACUGUCCCGCACCAUUAAGUUCUCCUACGACCUCUACCUGGUCACCAAUGGCAAGCACGGCAAGCUGGUUCGAGGAAUCUGGAACGGGAUGAUCGGAGAGGUGUUCUACAAACGGGCCGACAUGGCCAUCGGUUCGCUGACCAUAAAUGAAGAGCGUUCAGAGAUUAUUGACUUCUCGGUGCCGUUUGUGGAGACGGGGAUCAGCGUGAUGGUGGCUCGGAGUAAUGGGACGGUCUCUCCUUCUGCUUUUUUAGAACCCUACAGUCCAGCCGUGUGGGUGAUGAUGUUCGUCAUGUGUCUCACAGUUGUGGCCAUCACAGUCUUUGUCUUUGAAUACUGCAGUCCAGUUGGGUAUAACCGCAGCCUGGUCAGUGCCAAAGAUCCCGGAGGUCCCACCUUUACCAUCGGGAAGUCUGUGUGGCUGCUGUGGGGAAUUGUCUUCAAUAACUCUGUCCCUGUUGAGAAUCCAAAGGGCACCACUAGCAAGAUCAUGGUCCUGGUCUGGGCUUUCUUUGCCGUCAUCUUCCUGGCUUCCUACACAGCCAACCUGGCAGCCUUCAUGAUCCAGGAGCAGUACAUCGACACAGUGUCCGGACUGAGUGACAAAAAGUUUCAAAAGCCGCAGGAGCAGUAUCCUCCAUUCCGCUUUGGUACCGUCCCAAAUGGCAGCACAGAGCGCAACAUAAGGAGUAACUAUCCCGAGAUGCAUGCCCACAUGGUCAAAUACAACCAGAAGGGAGUGGAGGAUGCCCUUAACAGCCUCAAAACAGGGAAACUGGAUGCUUUUAUCUAUGACGCUGCUGUGUUGAAUUACAUGGCUGGCAAAGAUGAAGGCUGUAAGCUGGUGACAAUUGGCAGUGGCAAAGUGUUUGCUACCACUGGUUAUGGCAUUGCACUCCAGAAGGAUUCACGCUGGAAACGACCCAUCGACCUGGCCCUGCUCCAGUUCCUGGCUGAUGGUGACACACAAAAGCUGCAGACCGUCUGGCUCACUGGCAUCUGCCGUAAUGAAAAGAAAGAAGUCAUGAGCAGUAAGCUGGACAUUGACAAUAUGGCGGGGGUCUUCUACAUGCUGCUUGUUGCCAUGGGCCUGAGCCUGCUGGUUUUUGCUUGGGAACAUCUCCUCUACUGGAAACUACGACAUUCAGUCCACAAAUCAGAGCGCUUGGACUUCCUCCUAGCUAUCAGCAGAGGCAUCUACAGCUGCUUCAAUGGGGUAGAGUCCGCUGACCACAACGGGAGCAUACAGAGUCCAGAUGUCACUUCUAACUAUACACAAGCCAAUAUGCUAAAGAUGCUUAAAACAGCCAAGGACAUGGUGUCCUCUGCAAGAGUGGAGAACUCUUUGGAUAAUGCCACCAAAACAAUAGAGAACUGGAGCAGGCGGGGGGCCGACAAUGUGCGAGCUGCCCUGCCACCCAGAGUUACCACCACAGACAUGACUCACGGACGCCUGCCCUACAUCUCAAGCAUCACAGACAACCAUUCUCCGUACCCUCAGAGGGCCAUUACACCCACCUUUCCCAUUCAUUAUGGGGAUUCUUCAUCCCAAACCCUCCUGGAUAAGCCCCGGGUGGUAACUCGGCCAACCCCACUCCGGUACACGCUGCCCGCCCGCAGCAGUCAGCACAUCUUAGAGAGGACUCUGCCCAUCUCCAGUCUCAGCAGCCCUCACAUCGCCAUAAGGGAUCCUUCUCCUGCUGGACCGUCAAACCCCCAUCCCAGCAGCAGGCUGUAUGUGGAGAACCAAGCCCGUCACCCCAUCUCUCCUUUUGCCACUUACAGGGACUUCCAGAUGCCAGAUAUCUACAUGGAACACAGAGCACCCCUGAGGAGGAAGUUCAGCUACCCCCCUGACUGUGUGAGCCGCAGGAGGAGGUCCCAUAGCUAUGUGUUUGAUGCUGCAGACCCGAGAGUAAGAGGUGAUUACGAUGGACCUCAAACCUGCCUCGCCGAGCUGAGAGCAAAUCACCUCCUAAGCAACCACGCCUCCAAUGCAGCUGCCAUGCCUUGCACCGCAGGACACUACCCUAGUGGCAGCACCAGCUGCAACUCCUGCAUGAAGUCCUACCUGGAACCCGACAUGGACGACAUACCACUCCUCGGAAAGGACAAGCUGAACCGCCGCGCCUCAUUCCUCAAAGCCACAUGGGGCAAUGACAGGAUCCAUCAGGUAGAUGAAACAAAGCCUUCGACAUCCACAUCUCCCCCGACCAGAGGAGACAUGCCUGACCUGUUUCCACGGGUGGUAGUGGCUAACCCCAAACCCCACAAGCUAUAUGGCAGUCUGGGGCACAACCUGUCCUGCUACCCUUUGGCUGCUGAGCCAGCCUACUUGGACCCAGCCCACAUGGGCUCCUACCCCUACAAGCAAAAGCUCAAGUACUCCGAGUCCACCCGGCUGCCCUCUUACAGGGAAGCCAUUCUGCAGAACGCAGCCGCCCUGCGCCGUUCUUCCUCCACAGUGGUGCACAGACACUAUUCCACCUACCUGAACUCGUACACAGACUUACCCGUGUACGUGGGGCCACUGGCUCAGGGACCGUCCCAGUUCUACAACAGUUCCAAGGACAUGUGCCACUUGUUUCCCUGUACAAGCCACUGCCCAGACAAUGCAGCAAUGCUGCCUCGUAUGAGUGACAGGCAGAUGGUUUACCACAACAAUAUGUUUGGGGCCUACGAUGGCACAGGAAACAGGGAAGACCCAGGCUCUGGGCCUAGAGACCGGAGGCAGGUGUUGGUUGCGCGAAGAGUCAACAGUCCCUAUGUGCCAAAGCCCUGGGGUAGGGUUUCAAGCCUGGAGUCUGAGGUCUGAACCACCAUCCUUAACAGUCCUCCAUUAGGCUCUGUGACUGAGCCCCAAGGAAUGCCUGGAGGUUCUCCCCUCAGCCUCUGGUUAAAGCAAAAAUAAAACUCUACACCAACAGUGUAUUUGAGAGCAUUGACUCUCAAUUAUCAGUGCAAUAAUAUCUUGGGCAGUGAUAUGUAAAAGGAGAAGACACUCAAAAACAAGUUACUGCUGGGACUUUAUAAGCCAAACUGAAAUACAAAUUUUAAAAAAGGCAAUGUUGAAAAGUAUUUAAUACAUAAGAAUUUAACCCGUUGAUUGUUAUUUAAACGAUUUUUAAAUGCUGUGUUGCUAUGUGAACGAAUACUGGGAGACAAUAUACUGUAGCCUCUCGAUCUGAUUACAACUUGUGAUUUUCUGCUCUCAUUUCCUACAAAUUCACUUCAGUUUCCCACCAUUUCGAUUGAGUGAUAAAUUAUCGAUAUGAUUUUGUGAUCAAACCACUGACAUGUCUUCCGAAAAUUUCUAAGUCCACAACCUUGGGCGCACCGUUGUUCUGAGACUUUCUGCUCCACUGGUCAUUAAUGUAAUUUGACUGAGAUUUUAAAAAGGGAAAACCAUAUAAAGUAUCAUGUAUUUCCAUUGUCACACUACCCUUUAAUAAAGAACAAGGCCAUCAAGGGUCUUUUGGGAUCAUCCUCUGUCCUCUUCAUCUGUGUCCUCUCAUAUUCAAAGGACAUAGAAAGAAAGUGGCUCUCUCAUUUAAACUUGAGUUGUAUUAUGCACACAGUCCAUCGAAUCAUACAGAAAGAAUAAAUACAGUAUAGUGGAACCAUUUUUCAGUGAAGUAGCCUAGGGUCUGCUAUUCCACAGAUCACUUAUAAUCUACAGAUAUUUAAACAAGACUUGGUCAAAUCAAACAAGCGGUUUUUCCUAAAUGACCCUGAAGAUCAGUACAUAUGGUAACUAAUACAGAAAGACAAGGAAAUUAUUUCACCUGGGAAAAGAAAAGAGAGGGAUGUUUAUCCAUUUACAACAACAAAAUCUGUAUUUUUAUGUUGUCACUGAAAAGUCUGAAUUCCCAAAGGAGCAACAGAGGGUUCAAAGAGUUGCAGAGCUUAAGCCGAAUCUCAUAUUUUCUAAUGUUCAGUCAAUGUUUUAGUAGAUAAAACAACUGAUUCACAUUCACAUAUCAGUCAAUAUUGUUGUUAUUAUUGUUCAAAUGAUAAAAUCCCUACAAAAAAUAUUGCUGUACAAGAGGUACAGCCCUGACAACUGCCCAAAGCAGAGUUAACAACUUCACUCCCAUAUCUGUCCUGACUUGAUCUUAGAUGUGUUUAAAUAUUAACUGCAGGCUCAAAAGCCAUGGCGUUUUGGUUUCAGCUACAGUAACAUGUAAAAAGAUGUAAAAAGAUGUAAAAUGAGAAAGUUGCAAACAACAGAAUAUCCCUUCACACAGCUCACAGCAUCCGUCUGGGUAACAAACCAUAAGAUCAACACUCAUUCACACAACAGUCGUGUGCAAACAGCUCAGUCAGGGUGCUGCUGUUGAAUCUGGCUGCCAAUCUCUAAACACAGAGAGCUGCCCCUGCAGCCGCAGAGAAAGGCCGCACUCGAAAUAAAACGAAAAGCAAAGGCAGUAUAAAAAUCAGAAGCACUGUAAGUAAGAGGGAAAUGAGGCGUUUGAGCUGAGAUGGUAAAUAUUACCACAUUUUUAAAAAACGAGAGUAGGAAUUUGUCUGCGGAGAUGUCAAUCCAAAUAAUCCAUUGGUUGAUUAGGACAGAUCUAUGUCUAUGCUAAUAUUUAAUGUGUUAAUUCACCAAUAUUUAAUCAUAAGCUGCACAUCUCCACAAACUGUCAGGAAAUUUGGCCUGGUAGCUUUUCCUGCGAACUGACACAACAAAAAAUAACCCGACUGAUGGCUCAAAUAACCUGUGUUCACACUCCAUGUUGUUCACAAAGCACCAACUGCAUGUGCCAAGCAAAAAACAAAGGGAAAUGACUGCAGCUCAGCCAGCAGAAUAAAGUUUACAAAGAGUUAAAACAAACACCGCACACAGCAGUAUGAACGCUCAAAGCUUCAGCCAACAGAUACCAGAACAAUCAGCCAGGAGCAGAUCUGCAGAGAGCAACGAAAACAGCCAGCAGCGUCAGCAGGCGCACUUCAGAACAGCAAUUAAACAGAGUCCCGGCAGAAACUCACCUGUUAGCAGAGGCAGUAAACAUUUAUCGUGCCGAAGGUUCCCAUACUCAAAGCAGCAAUGAAUAUUUCUGAUAUUUACAUGCCUAAAGCCAAAUUACAGCAUGCAACCAUCACCGGCUUAUCCAGAAGCAAAAUAACACAGAAGACAGGCAAACUGUGUCCCAUGUUCAAUGCUACACAUUCUCCAUGUGAUUCUGCUAAAGAAAUCAGAAUGUGUCUUUAUUUAACCUCCUAGGACCUGCGUCCACAUAUGUGGACAUCACAUUUUGGGUUAUUUAGACCAAAAUACUCAAUUUUGCUCUACAAGGGCCUGAUAUCCACUUACGAGGACAUUAUGCUGCUACUGUUCUAUCGAAAUUUUAAUCAAAUAUCCUCAUAAGUGGCUCUAAUUUUUCUCAGAAACAAAAAUUAGGCAAAUUUUUUUUUAGGAAUUCUUUGUUUUUACAUUCAUCAGGUCGCAAUCAGCCCAAAUAUCAAAGAGAAA